AUCUCACAAAAACUACUAAUGAUAAAAAAUGUAUAAAAACAAAAUGCUUCCCGUCAAGUUUUAUUUAAAACCUUUAGAACAACAGUAUUUUGUUAGUAGAUUUUUCCCGUUGACCCUUGAAUUUGAAAAAUGAAUUGCGAAGUUUGUUUCGAAAAGCUUAAAGGUAUAAAUAGCCUGAUCCAGCAUGAAACGACUGCUAAUCAUCGGGAAAAUGUCAAGAAACAUCAAAAUACCUUAUCAGAUUUUUCUACUGAAGGUAUCCCUGCAGUUACAGUAACCUCUGAAUCAGUCGCUGUUACUGCUGAAUGUUUUAUAAUGUCUGAUGCUGAAUCAGCCCCAGCUGUUUCUGAAACUCUUCCAGUUACUUCAGGAUCAGUCUCAGUUGCUACUGAAUCUAUUCCGGACCCUUCUCAAUCAGUCCAAGUAGCAACUGAAACUUCUCCAAAUGCCGCACUUUCUGUUUCAAAUGUGGUUAGUUCAAAUAUUAACAACUUGUUCUCUUGUGUGGCAUGUUCAAGUGGAUUUUCUAAUCUUUCUAAUGCUAUCCGACACUCAGAAAGUAAGUUGCAUGCCACAAUGGUUUUAGCUACCGGAAUUGGUUCUGAUGAACAAGCUGAUAUUUGUGAAGAUUAUAUUGAUUUAUUUCCUAGGUUACAUUACUGUAUUGUAUGCAUUUCUUAUUCCUUUAGUUUGAAGCUUUAUUACGUGCACCUAAAAUCACGUAGUCAUAGGGAAAUUGUGCAGAAAAUAAACAACUUUUUUCAAUUAGAGGUGGAAAAUUCGCCCGAUGUUUGUUUCAAUGAACAAACGCCUAAGAAUGGUUCAAAGCUCCAUUUACAGCAUUAUUGUAAGUUUUGUAAUAUUCAAUAUAAAGAUAAUAAAGGUUACCGGCGCCAUAUCAAGGAUAAGAAGCAUCAAAAAAUUUUACUGCUUAUGAAGAAAAUUGCUCAAGGAAAAAAAGAAAAUGUUGACGCAAGUUUCAGUGUAAAAGAUGCUGAAAAUUUGAAUAAUUCGCAAUAUUACUGUGAGUUCUGUAAUGUUUCGGUUAAUUCCAAUCAAUAUGAAAAGCACUUGAUAUGGAAAACUCAUAAAAGAGCUGAACAAUAUAUAAUUACAAUGUCCUUGGGACAUGCUGAAGGUAUCGAUAUUUGUGAAGAUUUAAAUGAUUUUAAGUUCAACCUGGCUGGUUGUUGUUUAUAUUAUUGUGAUCUAUGUGAAAUUUGGUGUUUUGGUUCUAAAUGCUACGGAAAUCAUUUGAAUGGAAAGAAGCAUUGCAGAAAGACGAAACAAAAGCAAAUUGCUGCUGAUUCUACAUUAGUCGAUAAUAUCAAAAAUUCGUCUUCUUCACCACAUCGCUGUGAAGUAUGCAAUAUUCAAUUCGCAACUUCGAAACGUUAUAAAAUGCACUUGAAGAGCAAGAUUCAUAUUAGAAUUGAACAAAGAUUGAAUGGACUAUCUAAAAUAAAAGAUGAAUUCGGUUCCAGUUUUGAAGCACUCGACAAUCCCCUUAUUGGACCCAGUUUUGAAGCACACGGCAAUACUGAUAAAUCCUUGCAGUUGUCCUAUUUUUGCAAAUUAUGUGAUGUUCGAUGUACUAGUUCGAAAAGCUAUGAUUCUCACUUGGAGGGUAAAUUUCAUAAGACAAUUAAAAUGAUUAUGAGCACGUUAUCCAUCGAAACUGGAUAAAAUAUUUCGACUAAUCUUAACUGUAGCAAAGCGAAUUUCUUAACAUUUCUUGUCCUUAUUUUAUACUUCUUUAAUAUCUUUCGGAAAUUCCAGAGCAAAAUUUUCAAUGAAAACUUUAAUCAGGAAAUUACAGAUUAUGUUGUUGUUUAGUUUAGUUUUUAAACUAAAUUUCUCUUUUAGUGAAGUCAUUAUUAUCGAUAGUGACGUAAUUUAGUUCACGAAAGUUAAAUAAAUAAAAAAAUUGGACCAUAUAUUCAUAGGCUACACUUUUUUCAAAAAUUUACAAUUUUUGUAUCAAACUAAUUCUCAGUGGAUAGGUACUUAACAUAUUGCAUGCAGGUCGAGUAAAUACAUGUUUUUUACAUCCCUACGAUCUAACAAAAAAUUUCAAUAUUGGUAGCAAAACUAUUUUGUUUCCACCAUGUAAUACUAAGAAAUAACUCAUUCGUUAUUACUACAAAUAAAAAUGAUUCAAUAGUUACGUAUUUAAUACUACUAUUGUCCGCUGUAAAAAAUUUUAAACUGAAAUUGCAGCUAUAAUGACAAGUUUGCAUCAGCUUGGAAUUUAUACCUUACCACCUAUAUCUUUAGAUUUUAAUUUACUCGUAUAACAGUCGAAUUUUAUUAUUUGGAAAAUUCACCGACAUGCACUCUGUUACUAAGUUUCUGGAAUUUCGACGCGAGAACAAUACAAUAAUAUACAAAAUCAUAGUAUUACCUUCAAGGAUUUUUUUUAAACAAUAGCACGUUUAUAAAAUGUCCUGUGCGUAGUUAAAAAAUGUGGCUAAUUUCCCCAAGCUGUUCAUAUCCAUGAAUAAGUAGACUGAGACUGAUUUAAAAAAAUUAUCACGACAGAGACAGAUUGAAUAUCAAGAUAUAUGUUAGCAACUUUCAUAACUUAAUGGAAAGUUCAGCUUAUAGAAAUUUCACUUAUUUAUUAAGUGAAAUUUCUAUAAGCUGAAUUGAUUUUACACAUACAUGAUUUCACUUAUUUAGACUUUGAUUAAAUUUUGAUAUAGUUCAAUUUUGGAAUGUACCAUAAUCUUAAAUACCAAUUGUCUCUCUGAUCAUAUGUUGAAUAUAUAUUUUUACAUUUAUAUGUAGUUUGCAAUGAGUAAUAAAAAAGUUUUUUGUUCUCUUUAA